ACUAAUAUGGAAAUGUGGCGUGUUAUAACGAUUUUUUAAAGAACUAUUUAGUGUAAUAUAAUAUAAUGAUGUUUAUUUUGCAUUAAAAGUACUAACUUAAAUAUUCGCGUAAUAUGUUGUGAUAGUUUUUUGACUACAUAGUUUACCAUUAGAAAUAUUUAGUGUUGUAUAAAACAAAAAACAAAAAUGGGAGACUUUGAUGUACUUCAAUAUUGCCGUCAGCUACGUAGCUUAAAACCACCACCUUACAAAUGUCCAGUAGCUGAUUGUGACAAAGUAUACUCAAGCAUGACUGGGUUUCAGUAUCAUCUUGCUCAUAUUCAACAUUCAAGUCCAAUACCUCCAUUAGACAUAGUCACACCGACCAAACAAACUACUGUUACCCCAGUUGUCAACAAAACUAAAAGUAAAAAAAAGAAAGGAAAACGAGUAACAUUUACAACUCUUUCAAGAGUAUCUCAACCUGAAGUUGUAGAACCUGUAACACCUAUUCAUUUAUCUAAAACUUUAUGUGAAGUUGAAGUUAAUGAUCACAAAGUAAUACGAUUUAAUGCCGAAGAUUAUUUACCAAUAAUAUCACAAAAAGAAUACUUAAAUCAAAAAAAAGAUUUUAAAAUUCCCGCCAAGACAACUGCAAUCAUUAAUUCUUUAAUGAAAAGUAGAGAAGCUGUUCGUGACUUACCGCAAGCUGCAUUUAAAGAGAUUGACAAUUACGAUAUACUUCAAGCUCCACCUAUGCCCAAUUCUUACAUAAGAUUUAUUGAAAAGUCAGUUGAAGAAUUGGAUACAGAAGUAGAAUAUGAUAUGGAUGAAGAAGAUGCCGCUUGGCUACAAAUUAUGAAUGAACGCAGGGAAUCAUCAGGCUUAGUAGGAAUAUCAAUUGAAUCUUUUGAACUGUUAAUGGAUCGUUUAGAAAAAGAAUCUUAUUUUCUUGUACAAAUGAACAAAGAAGUUGAUAGUAGUUUAGCAGUCAUUGAUGACGAAGCUGUUUGUUCUAUUUGUCUUGAUGGUGAAUGUCAAAAUUCAAACGUUAUUCUUUUUUGUGAUAUGUGUAAUCUUGCUGUUCACCAAGACUGUUAUGGUGUUCCAUACAUACCUGAGGGACAAUGGCUCUGUCGGCGAUGUCUUCAUUCACCAUCCUGUAUGGUUGACUGUGUAUUGUGCCCCAACAAUUGUGGUGCAUUUAAACAAACUGAUCGUGGUUUAUGGGCUCAUGUUGUGUGUGCAUUAUGGAUACCAGAAGUUAGAUUUGCAAAUACAGUAUUUUUAGAACCAAUAGAUAGUGUUGAAACAAUUCCUACUGCUAGAUGGAAACUCACAUGUUAUAUUUGUAAGCAACGUGGUGUAGGAGCAUGUAUCCAAUGUCACAAAACAAGUUGCUAUGCUGCGUUUCAUGUUACUUGUGCUCAACAAGCUGGCUUAUAUAUGAAAAUGGAAACUAUAUCUAAUGAAAUUUCUAAUAUUGGCGAUGCUGAACCAGGUACAGUUUUAGUUCAAAAAAUUGCAUUUUGUGAUGCACAUGCUCCAGUAGAUUAUCUAGCUGAAAACCGAGGACGACAAUCUCCUGGAGAAAAAUUAAAUAAUGCCAGACGAGUUUUAGCUAAAAAACGUUCUGCUGCUCCAGUCAUAUCAAUACCUACUAUCCCACCUGAAAGAGUUACUGAAAUAGCUAAUUUGCUAUCUGUGCCUAAGAAAGGUCAGUUUGUUCAACGACUAAUCGCUUAUUGGACAUUAAAAAGGCAGUUUAGAAAUGGUGUUCCACUUUUAAGACGUUUACAAACUAGCCAACAUUCUAAUGUAUCACGACGCGAAGAGCCAAUUACAUCAAAUGGAAAUGAAGAUGAUCUUAAUGAAUUAUAUCGACAGUUAAAAUAUUGGCAAGCUCUUCGGCAGGAUUUAGAAAGAGUUCGCUUACUUUGUGAACUGAUACGUAAACGUGAACGUCUGAAAAAAGAGAAUAUAAAAGUACAUGAACAGUAUACAUUAAAAUCUUUGUGGCCAUUCCAUGCUUUCUUACAUUCAGUAUUACAGCAGUUAAUUGUAAAAGAUACAGGACAGAUUUUUAUUGAACCUGUUGAUCAAAAUGAAGUCCCAGAUUAUGGUGAUAUUGUGAAACAUCCAAUGGAUUUACUAACAAUGGAGUUAAAAAUAAAAAACUCUGAGUAUACUAGUCUUGAAGUUUUUGAGAAUGAUUUCAACUUGAUGAUAUCAAACUGUUUAGCAUAUAAUUCCAAAGAUACUAUAUUUUAUAAAGCUGGCAUAAAAAUGAGAGAUCAAGGUGGAAGUGUUUUAAGAACUGCCAAACGAGAUCUUAAGAUUUUAGAUAUUGAUCCUAUUACAUUAACCUUAGCUGAAAACAGUAAAGAUGUUGAAGAAACUAAAAGUUUAAAAUGUACUGCUAAAACAAAUGAAGAAAUCAAAGAUGACAAAAGUACAGAAUUUGAUCAUGAAUUGAAAGAAAUAUGCAAUCCUUCUAAUACCAUAAGUGAUGAUGAUCAUAUGUGUAAGCUUCUAUUAUAGUUAUCUGAUAAAUGUAGAGGAAGUUGACAAAAUAAAAUUAACCAAAACAAAAACAGAAUUGACCAAGCUUACAACUUAAAC